GCGUCCUGUGGCUUCGUGCCCAUUGCACAGUACUUGAUCUCAAAGGGUGCCAGUGUUGCCAUUGCCAAUAGUGAAGGUGAACUUCCUCUGGAUGUGGCCCAUGAGAGUGCCAUGGAGAAGCUGCUGAAGAGCGAGGUUAAGAAGCAAGGUGUGGAUCUAGACGCUGCAAAGAAGGAGGAACAGGAGCUGAUGCUGAGAGAUGCAAGGCGUUGGUUGAACAAUGGAAAAAUUGAAGAUAUCAGACACCCAACCACUGGAGCUACUCCUCUGCAUGUAGCUGCUGCAAAGGGCUAUGCUGAGGUCAUUAGGCUGCUCCUCCAGUUGGGGUUUGAUGUGGACUCCCGUGACUUUGACGGAUGGACACCUCUUCACGGUGCG